CAUGCGCAGUCAUGUAAAUACAGGGACGUGGAAUGAGUCGAGACUGAGGAAGUGUAUGCUACGUGGAAGUGUUCCGAUUUGUCCUUUGAAAAGCGUUUCUUUCCUUUUGCAAAUAUUUAACAAUGGCAACACCUGCGCUCCGGACUGAGUUGGAAAAGUAUUUGGAGAGUCUGAAUAUCCAGACGGUCUGCAUAGACCAUCCACCGGUAUUCACUGUGGAAGAGAUGAUGCCUCACAUGCAAGACCUCUGUGGAGCAGUUACCAAGAACCUCUUCCUGAAAGACAAGAAGAAGAAGGGCCUGUGGCUAGUCUCUGUCCGCCACGACCGUCCGGUCAACCUCAACGACCUGGCUAAGAAGCUAGGCUUGGGUAGUGGCAACCUCCGCUUUGCUGAGGAGGCAGCCAUGUUGGAGAAACUGAAGGUGGGCCAAGGCUGUGCCACCGCCCUGGCACUCUUCUGUGAUAAGGACCAGAGCGUCAAGUUUGUUCUGGACAGCGACCUGGUCAACGGAGGCCAUGAGCGGGUGUACUUCCAUCCCAUGACCAAUGCCGUCUCUAUGGGACUAAAGCCAGAGGAUCUCUUGAAGUUUUUAAAGGAGACAGGACAUGAAGCAGUUCUUCAGAGCUUUGACUAGUAAAUACCUUGAAAUUAACAUACUAUCCUGUCAGACUGUGCUUUGGUACAAUUAUUUAUUUCUAAGGUAUUUACCUGUGUGCCUUUACUUCGGCUUAUCAAGAAAUGGCCAUUGUAAAAAAUAAAAUCUAACUUUUGGGACGGAA